AUGUUUUCGCGUUUAUUUAGUGCCCGACCUAUUAUCGCAAGGGCUGGUAUCCGUAUUCGUUCUGGCGUUUCGAACCCUUGUCGUUGGAUCGCUCACUCUUCUGUAAGAAUGUCUAAUAAACCAUUCUGGGGUGUUGUUACGGCAGUUGGUGGAGUUGCUAUGUUUUCGCUACUCUAUUCUCCAAAGAUCAAAGCAGAAGAUGCAAGCAACCCAAUUCCUGAUUGUAACAACCCAGCGUGCCACGACACCCAAGAAAUGUUCCGCUUAACUACUGAAUCUGUUUCCAAGAAGGCUGUAAAGCAGCCUUCUGCGUAUACGCGGAAAGAAAAUGAGUUCACUGUACGCGAUGCCGAUGGUAAACUGCACGAGUGUCCUCCAUCUCGUGAACUGCUAGGACGUCAUUCCUGGACAUUAUUACACUCUGUGGCCGCGUACUAUCCCGAUAAUCCCACGGAAGAAGAUAAACAACGUGCUCGCGAGUUUAUCGCUAGUUUUGCGCAUCUUUAUCCCUGCAAAGUUUGCGCGAAGCAUUUGAAGAAGCUCCUCGAGAAAAAUCCUCCAGCAGUGAAUUCACAGAAGGAGUUUGUGAUUUGGAUGUGCAACCUGCAUAAUGCCAUGAACCGGACGCUGCUCAAGCCAGUUUAUCCAUGCAACUAUGAGCUGCUGGAAGAGAGGUGGCAUUGGGGCUGCUCGGAAUGCUGGAAUCCUGAGGGGGGUAAGAAAAAGAUGUCGUCGACCGAAUCGAUGGAGUUUGAGUGGUUACCAGUGAUCUAA